GUACAGCUGGCCCAGCCGUGACAGUUAAGGAUGUGGCGCGAGUCCUAGAGAGAACAAUUAACUGAGAAGGCUUGAAAGAGAAGGUGACUGUUGGGUCUGUGGGAGAGAUGGAGUCUAAACCGCAGGUCGUAGAACGGCCCUUCUGCUGGAGCGUGAAAGGCCUUGUGAAGAUACUGCGAAUGGUAGUAACUGUGGCGUCUAUGACCUUCUUUAUCAUUGCACAAGCUCCUGAACCAUACAUCGUUAUCACUGGAUUUGAAUCCACUGUUGUUUUCUUCUUCAUAGCUUUGUACAUUUGCAGACUUGACAAAAUGAUGAGAUGGUUGUUUUGGCCUUUGCUUGAUAUCAUCAACUCAAUGAUAACAACAUUAUUCAUGCUUAUUGUGUCUGUGUUGGCACUGAUACCACAACCUUCAACAUUGACAGUUCUUGGAGGAGUGUUUGGUCUCCUGACAACAGUAUGUGCUAUUGCUGACUCUGCCCUUAUGUGCCGGAAACUUCUUUUUAAUCCAAGUGGACCUUACCUGAAAAGUUCUGCUACUCAUAGCGGGGAAUAAUUUGUAUUCAUUUUUACCAGUUAUUAAACAUAUUUCUUUAUUCUUCCAUA